UCACCAAUCCGACCAUACAAGGGUUGUUGUUCCGUCAACGGAGGUAGUUGUUAUGUGGAUACCUUGAUGUACAAUAAUAUAACCAUAUAUAAAGUUCAAACCAUGGUAUUUGUGGGUCUGCAAGUCGUAAAUCUCAGUAAGAAGAAGCAGUAAACAUCGGCAGGAUUGAGAAACAU